CAGCGGAGAGGAUUCAGUGAGGACGUGGGUUCAGUAAACCUGUUUAUUUCUUCGACUAAAGACACAAACCAGGUUAUGGGAAGAUGGUGGUGAAUGGGGUUCUUACGCCAAAUGAUAAACAUGCUGACUCUGAGCUGCUGGCCUGGCUCAAUCACACGCUGCAGUCUAGCUUCAUCAAAGUGGAAGAAACAUGCUCAGGUGCUGCCUACUGCCAGUUGAUGGACUUGCUUAUCCCCGGCUGUAUUGACUUAAAGAAAGUAAAGUUCAAAGCUAAAGAUGAAACAGACAUGCUUAGCAAUUUCAAGCUGCUUGAAAAGGCCUUCAACCUCAAUUCCAUCAAAAAACCGCUGGAGUUUGACCUGGUGAUCCUUGGCAACUUUGUAGAGACUGGCAAACUGCUGAGAUGGUUCAAAGUGUAUUUUGAUCAGAAUUUUAAAGGACAGACAUACAAUCCUGUGGUGGCACGUGGUGGACAGAGUCUAGAGCCUUUCCUUGAUAAGAAACCUAAGGCUCUUGCACAGCUGGACUUCACAAAUAAAGGAGCUGGACGCCAGCUGGACAUCAACACACAAAUCGAAGCUGUGGACUCAUUCUCCUGCAGCCUGACAACGCUGCUUUUUAUCAAGAAACACUGGUCAUCUUUCUCGGCCAGCAACUUACGUGUUACAUAUAGUGCAGUCAGACAUGUGCUGGGCCAGAAAUACCCCACUGAUAUCACAGCCUCCUGCGUUCAAACCCCUUAUUGCCUGUAUGUGUACCAUGCAGUAGAGCUUAUGGAAAGGGAGAAGGGUAGUGUAAUCCUGAUAGGAUAUUUUGACCAGGUUGCUGGAAAGAGCAGAGUCAGGCUGCUUGAUGUCGUUCAGCCCAUGGAGGAGACAAAUGCUGCUUUGCUGACCUGUCUAACGGAGACGCUGAAGAAGUUUGAAAUCCCUCUAGUGAACCUGGCAGCGUUUUAUUCCAAUGCACCAGACCCUACAGAGCUUGUUUCAGACCUGAGGGUCCUGAAUCCCAGAACUCUCUUUCUGUGUAGCCUCACUGAUCUCGCAGGACAAGCUUGUCGUGGUGGCAUUAUGGCGAUGGAGCUGUCCAGGAACAUCCAGGGACUUCUCAAGAAGGUCCAGCAACACUUUCCAUCUCUCCCAGCUUCUCUGAAGGAACAGCUCAGUAGUAUGGAGGACACCAACUUCACCUCCUCUUUGACAUCCGAUUGUGUGCUCUUGAGGACAGUGGUCCAUAAAAUGACCACAGUUUGGUCAGACUUGGCGCAGUACUUUAGCUCACUGGAUGCUCGUGGCGGUAUAAGGGAAAUUCGUCGUCUCCUCAGUGAUCAGUGCUUAAGAGUGAGCUUCUUGUUUCUUAGCCAUGCUCUACAGCCUCUGUGUGAGUUUCAAGAGAUCUGGCUUCAUGAUGGGGAUUUGAGGAAAGCCCUCAAAGAUGCUUUUGGCUUAAUCCAGCUUUAUACAUCCAGCUUCCUCCAGCCUAAAUCCAUGGAACACUUCAGGAGAAGCAGUGGGUCCCUCAGAAGUGACCUGAUGGAAUAUCUACCGAGAGAUAAGGUGAAGGUUGGCGAACAGGUGGUGGAGUAUCUUCGACAGAAAGAUGCCAAGCUGACUGACAAUCUAGACCUCUUCUACAAGAGCGCUAUCUCGUUCUACACUGCAGUCGCUUCCAGUAUCAUCAAGAGUUUACCCUUGCCUGACACUGCUCUGAGGAACAUGCCUCUCAUCUUAAGUCCAGAGGGAAAGAUGGAGGUCACUGGGAAAGCUGUAGCAGAUUUAGGUGUGCUGUUUGGGGUUUGCCCAAGUGCAGAGGAUGUUAACUUGUUAACAGAUGAGUUUUUGGAGUACCAGUUUGCUGAGCAGGAAAACUCACCUAGUCCAGCUGACCAGUCCGUGGAGCAGUACUGGAGGGCAGAGAUGAGGAUUAUGGGAAGGUCGUCCAUUUUCCGAAAGCUGAUCCUGAGCCUCUUGGCCCUACCUAAAACUUUGAGAAUGGAAAGCGUCUUUGCACAAGUGUUUAACGGUGCAAGUGAUUACACUCUGCACGCGAAGGAAAUGGAGACCUCAGAGGAAAAGAACGUGCCACAGGAUGAUGAUGUUACCGACAGCAGCUCCUAUAAAAGUGCCCCGUCACACCCUCUCAGCCCAGAGACCCAGGAGAGCGUAGCAUCAGACAUUAUUGACCUGACUGAAGUGGAUGAUGUUACUCCUAUGGAGACGAACACCUAUACCUCUCAUUCAGAGACAGAGGUGAAAGGGAAAAAACAAGACAAGACAAAGAUUUCAGAAUCAAUAGUCAUUGAUGAUGAUGAUGAUGAUGAGGAUGAUGAAGAAGACGAUGAUGAUGAUGGUGAUGUCACUGACGUGACUUUAUGUUUUGUGACGGUGUUUGCAGUAGGGGAGAUGGUGUGGGGCCCGGUGGAGGGCUUUGCUGUUUGGCCUGGCCUGGUGGAGGAGUUGACUAGACUGAAGGAUGGAGACACCAUGUGUAAAGUGGCUUGGUUCGGUGAUGGUAUGAUCUCUCAGAUCCCUUCAGAUGCUCUCCAGCCUUACUCUGUGUUUGCGCAGUGCUUCUGCCCUAAUUCCUUUGCUACUGUGACGGCAUACAAGGACGCCAUCUUUCGUUCUCUGCAGGUGGCUGCCAACCGCACUGAAAUGGUGUUUUCUCUUGAGUCGGACUCUCAGGAUGAGCUGCUGAGAGUUCUGCUGGACUGGGCUUUCGGAGGCUUCAAACCUGCAGGACCAAAUGGACUUAAACCUCGAUCAAAAGAAAAUGAGGACUCCUCUCAGUCUGUGAGGAAAUCGUCUCUAUCUGACAGCCGCCCAACUCCCAGAAAACUAAAAAGUGCUUCCAAGAAUAAAGAUCAAAACAAGGAUCAAAACAAGGAUCAAAAUGAAAUGGUACAUGAGGUUUUGGACAAAGGGAAGAACAUUGAAGAUUUCUGCCUGUCAUGUGGGACUGGACAUGUUGAGAUCUUCCAUCCACUGUUUGAAGGGAGUCUCUGUUUAAAAUGCAAGAAUAAUUUCACAGAGACGCUUUAUCGGUAUGACGACGAUGGCUACCAGUCGUACUGCACUGUGUGCUGUGCUGGACUAGAGGUCAUCCUGUGUGGAAACGACAGCUGCUGUCGCUCCUUCUGUGUGGACUGUGUGGAUAUCCUGAUUGGUAAAGGCACGUUUGACCAACUAAAGGAUCUGGAUCCGUGGAUCUGUUACCUGUGUGCACCAGAGAAAAGCUCUGGGGCAUUGAAACCCAGACAUGACUGGAGUAUCCGUGUCCAAGAGUUCUUUGCCAAUAACAGUGCCAUGGAGUUCGAGCCUCAUCGUGUUUAUCCAGCAGUCCCUGCCAACAUGCGUCGUCCAAUCAGGGUCCUCUCUUUAUUUGAUGGUAUUGCUACAGGAUAUCUGGUACUGAAGGAUCUGGGCUUUAAAGUGGAGAAGUAUGUCGCAUCAGAAAUAGAUGAAGAAUCCAUUACUGUCUCUGUGGUGAACCAUGAUGGAAAAAUCACUCAUGUGGAUGACGUCCGAAGAAUCACCAAAAACCAUAUUGAGAAGUGGGGUCCAUUUGACCUUCUAAUUGGUGGGAGCCCAUGCAACGACUUGUCUAUAGUAAACCCAGCACGAAAAGGAUUGUUCGAAGGCACUGGGCGGCUCUUCUUUGACUACUAUCGGCUACUGAACGUCAUGAAGCCGAAGGAAGACGACCCUCGGCCGUUCUUCUGGCUCUUCGAGAAUGUUGUGUUCAUGAACAACAGGGACAAAGCUGAUAUCUGCCGUUUCCUAGAGUGCAACCCGGUCCUUGUUGAUGCUGUCAAAGUGAGCCCAGCCCACAGAGCCCGAUACUUCUGGGGGAACCUCCCAGGCAUGAACAGACCAAUCAUUGCUUCUCAGAACGACAAACUGACUCUUCAGGAAUGCCUCGAACCCGGCCGCACUGCCAAGUAUGUCAAGGUACGCACUAUUACCACUCGCUCAAACUCCCUCAAGCAGGGGACCAAUGACAGUCAUUUCCCCAUCACAAUGAAUGGAAAGGAUGACGGUAUAUGGAUCACCGAAAUGGAGAAGAUUUUUGGAUUCCCAAAGCAUUACACAGACGUGAAGAACAUGGGCCGUAAUCAGAGACAGAAGGUGCUGGGUAAAUCCUGGAGCGUCCCGGUGAUCAGACAUCUGUUUGCUCCACUGAAGGAUUACUUUGCCUGUGAUGAGGUCCUCUCAAAAUGUGGAGAGCUUUAAGAGAGCUUGUCUCUCUGUCACAGUUCAAGACUCAGGAAUGUAUCGAUUUCCUUGUAAUUUGUGAUUUUAAAGUUGCUA